AUCCGUGUAGCGUGCAUGUUUUGUCCAUCGACAUAUCAAAGGUUGUCACAGAGAUUUGUGCGUUUUGUACAAUUUUGUAUCCCAAACAAAACAUUCCGAUUUGUGAUUCGAAUGGUUGUUUGAUUAAUCUUGCAGAAAAUAUAACAAGCAAAUUAAUGUGAAUAAUAAUAUGUAUCUUCCAGUAAUUCACUGCUUUUGGCGAUGCUAUUAAUUAAACAAAAUCGUGCGUGAAGUUAGGUUAACUCGUUGUUUUUAACGUCUGCAAAGAGCUACCAAGAUGUCUAAAUGGACCAUCAAAGAAAAGAAGAUAUUAUUGGACGCUCUACAAAACGUAGGCUACAAAGAUAUGGCCAUUUUACAAGCCAGACUUCCAUCUAGGACAGCAGAGGAAAUUGAAGCAAUAUGCAGUAAAUAUGAAAACUUGGCAAAGACACGACUAGAGAAACGAAAGAAAGACAAUCCCUCCAUUGACACUUGGAUAGAGAUAUUUCAAAAUAUUAGCAAUGCAAGGCCGAAUCAGCUUGAUGAUAUUACUGCCAGGGUCAUAAAGUACCUUAGUAUAUUCGAAACAAAUGACUCUGAACCUAUGGAUCCAAAGAUUAAGAAAUGCUACCAUUGGCUAGCACAGGCACUUCAAGGACGUGAACCAGAUCCAGCAGAUGGAUUCACUAGUUCCUUGUUAGAACAGUGCCUGUCACAGCUUAUGAAAGCAACCAGGGUGCCAAAUAAGAGUGCUGAAAGAUACAUUCGUUCUGUGGAGGUUGUCCCCCUUCCAGGGAUGUGGGUUGAGAAUCCUUCUACCAAUCCUCUACAGAUACCUGACAAAUUUUUGGAAAUUGAAGAGUCCGAGAAAAAGGAUCCUUUUGAUAUGGAGUGUGCUAAACUUGAAACACCGUAUGACUUCAAGGGCAAUGAAACAGCCAUAGAAUUAAUUCAGAAUGUAUGACCGAACUGAUAGCGGUUCGAUUCGCUGAAUUAGGUCUGAACCUUACUCGGGUUAUUCUAACAAGUUGGAAAUUAGAUAAAUCUAAGUAAAAUGUACAACUGUAUUAUUCAUUUUUAUGAUAGGUUCUGCAUAUACUUCACCUGUAUUUGAAUUACGUUACACUAAUGACGGACAAUAAACCAGAAAAGCAUGUCUAUAUUAUUUUUUCAGGUAAAAUACAGUUUCUGGAAAGGACAGUCUGCUCUUUUGACUUGCAUUGUAAUCAAUAAAUACCAGAUGUACUAUAAUAAUGUUCUAAUUAACAUUUUUAUAUAUGUACUUCCUACAUUCCAUUGUCACAUUUUUGUUACUUAAUAGUAUAAUCCAGUUAUGUGAACAACCGCUCUGAAUAAUAAUGUCAUGGAAUUAAUCAUUGCCAACGUUACAGACUAAUACAAAGAUGUCGCUUUUGUGAUCAGCUGUGCACCUCAGCAGACGUCAAAAUGUAAUGGAUACUCGUGAAAAAUACCAUAUGCUUGAAAUUCAAAUUUUUUCUAACCUCCAAUUGCUUCUAUACAACCAC